AUGCUCAUCUCUGAAAAUUUCACAAAUUUCACCCACAUAUUUCGAUAUACACGGUAUAUACAAAGACAUACCUCCUCUAUACCGAUGUUUAGGUCCGUCAUAUCAGUACAAGGUCGAUCUUUAGUCUUGAGAGGGAUUCCAAGAGUGUCGCCGUCUGUUUUAGUCGGCUAUAAUCGGAAUUAUGCUUCUUGGUCUAACGGUACACCUAUCCGUAAACAAAAAACCAAAGAAGAGAUAGAAGAAGAACUUCUACAGGAGCAAAUGAAAUCUCCGCACCGUAUUGUUCGUUGGGGAGCAAUUGCCCGGUCAGAGAAGUUCAAAAAGGGCCUCACAAAGUACAUGAUUGCAGCAUAUAUGGUAUUCCUAUUCUUUGGCUACAAACACAUUCAGAAACUGCGUGAGAAGGAAUUAGAACUUGAGGAGCUGCUUAAGAAGCAGAGUGAAGGUACUUUAAAUGAAUAUGAAUCAUUGAGGAUCAAGGAAAUGAAAGGUACAGCGCGUACUAGGGAUCUGGCGAAGCUAAAAGAAUACCGUAAGCUUAAGGAAGAGUCGCCAGAACUUGAAACCUUCGAUGGCAUAGUGUUGGAUGACCAUAGUUGUAAUACUUCUAAUAGCUGCAUCUUACCUCCACGGGAUACUAUGGAGUUUUUUGAGAAAAAGGCUGAAGAAUAUGACUCCGGUGUGAACUUUGAGGAAAAAUUAAUUAUGAUGGGCCGGAGGCGUAAAUGGCUGGCACGACAUUGCCAUGGUGAUGUUCUUGAGGUCGCUUGUGGUACCGGUAGAAAUAUUAAGUUCAUGGAUAUGACUAAAAUCAAAUCUGUGACGUUUUUGGAUGCCUCCGAGAAAAUGGUUGAACUAGCCAACAAGAAGUUCAGAGCUAAGUUCCCCAACUUUAAAAAUGCAGCAUUUGUAGUUGGUAGGGCUGAAGAUCUGGUGCAAUUGGCAUCUGCAGCGCCUGACAAAACUUCGGAAGAUAAGGUUGUCAAAUACGAUACUAUCAUAGAGGCAUUUGGGCUCUGUUCAUAUCACGAUCCUGUAAAGGCCUUAAACAACUUUGCCAAGCUAUUGAAACCUGAUGGCAGAAUUAUCUUAUUAGAACAUGGAAGAGGAACCUGGGACAUUGUUAAUAAAGUCAUUGACGAUAGAGCAGAGAAGCGGUUAAAAACUUGGGGCUGUAGAUGGAAUCUUGAUAUUGGGGAAAUUAUAGAAGAUUCGGAGUUGGAAAUUGUAACGGAGGAUAGAACUCAUUUUGGUACAACAUGGUGCAUUGUAGCUAAACGUAAGGGUGAUGCCAAGAAGAAAAAUGAGAUUGGCUUUGUGGAGAAAUAUUUGAGAUCUAGUGUGAAAGCUAGAAUUGAAGAAUUUCGCCAAGUGGAUGAGGUUGAGAAAUCGAAGAAAUAA